AAUCACCUUGAAAGCUGGUGACGAAAUAGCAGUUAUUCCUCCUUUGAGCGGUGGCUAAAACAAACUUUUCAAAAUGAAUCACUUGAAACUAACAAAGGAAAAAUUGUCCUCCGAUUCAAUAAUUGAUUUAGUAAAGUGCAAUACUUGUGGAGCAAUUUCCCUGUUCAUAGGGACUACAAGAGACAAUUCAGAAGGUAAAAAUGUUAUAACAUUAGAAUACGAAGCAUAUGAAUCUAUGGCAUUGAAAGCAAUGGAGAAGCUGUGUGAGGAAAUUCGAGAUAAAUGGCCUACAGUUCAAAAUAUAGCUAUAUAUCAUAGGUUGGGACUGGUACCUGUGAAAGAGAUGAGCAUAAUAAUUGGAAUUUCGUCUCCUCACCGAGAAGAAGCAAUCAAAGCAACCAACUGGUGUAUUGACAACGUUAAGAAAUCCGUCCCCAUAUGGAAAAAAGAGAUAUAUGCUGACUCUGAAUCUCAGUGGAAGGAGAACAAGGAAUUAAAUCAGCGCAGACGGAGAACGGAAAUAAAUCAGUCUUUAGAAAGAUUGCAUAAUUCACCAUAUUCAACGCAAGUUAAAGCAAAGUGUAAUGAUAUAAAAGAAAGACUGUUGAAGUUCCAAAAACGAAAGAUUCGUGAAAAUUACCUCAAAAAUCAAAGAGAGACUUCGGAGGAUAUGUGUUUGAAAUCUGACACUGCUUUUGAAAAGAAGAACGGCUCCAACAGCCAUUUGGAAGUGAAUCAGACAGUGAAUAGUUAUCAGCAUAGAGAUCAGCGUGACUUCAACUAUAUGGCAAAAAUUGUCCCUUCCAAUGGCAUUGAAGAAAGAUUAGAAAAUGCCGAAUUCCAGUUGAGCAUAAACAAUCCUGUCCCCAAAAAUAUUUACCAGAGGUUACAAGUGAUAGAAGAUCGAUUGCUACAUUUAGAAUCGUCAUCUCCAGAGUACAUACAGCUUUGGGAUAAGAUGACGGUCGUGUCCAGUGUACCAAUGAAGAAAAAAAUAUUUUCAAUUGAAGAAAUCGAUUACCUGAUAGCUGAGACUGAAAAGAAAGUGAAGGCGCAACAAAUUUCUCGCUUAAAUUAAAAAUAUUAUGAACAAUAUUGUUAGCAAAUAAAUUUUGUAUUUCUUUUUCAAAACCAACUGACUAAAUAAGGCAACUUUUGUAAUAUAAUUAAUUCAAAUUUGAAACAUAAA